UCAGGUAAAAGCUAGUACCACUAUAUUAUCAAACAAGGUUGGGCUCUUUAGGUGACAAAAAGACCAGAACUUCUCGUCAAUACGGCCCAGCUAACAAUUUCUUGGGUACGGAGUAGGCCCAGCCCAAUAAGCUUUACUCGAUUUUAUUAGUAGUGUGAAGGAAAUACGGAAUGAACAACUCUGAAAUUUGUAAGGAAAAAAAGAAGAAAAAAACGUAGGAAAUGCUCUCCAGCAAGGGAUCGGGGAAGAAACUCACGAUCAUCGAUUGUGCCUCGCCCGAGGGGAAAAGCAAUCAGCGGGGAUCUCAAAUGAUAUAUAUAUCAGUCCUCCUCCGUUCGCCUGAUCCAGUCACCGAACCAGUCAAAUCUAUCACUCGCCAUGAAUCCUGGUGGUCAACCCCCCGCAGCAGCUGCCGCAGCUCCUCUCGCCCAUGACGGCGUUCCUCUGGCCGCCGAUCCUCUGGCCGCUCCUCACGUCGCCGCAGCCGCCGCUCCUCAAGUCGCCGCAGCCGCCGCUCCUCACGUCGCCGCAGCCGCCGCUCCUCACGUCGCCGCAGCCGCCGCUCCUCACGUCGCCGCAGCCGCCGCUCCUCACGUCGCCGCAGCCGCCGAUCCUCUCGUGGAUCCUCUCGCGGAUCCUCUCGCCGCCGAUCCUCUCGCGGAUCCUCUCCUCGCCGAUCCUCCUCUCGCGGAUCUUCUCCUCGCCGAUCCUCCUCUCGCGGAUCCUCUCCUCGCCGAUCCUCCUCUCGCGGAUCCUCUCCUCGCCGAUCCUCCUCUCGCGGAUCCUCUCCUCGCCGAUCCUCCUCUCGCGGAUCCUCUCCUCGCCGAUCCUCCUCUCGCGGAUCCUCUCGCCGUUCCUCACGGCGCAGAUCCUCUCCCCGCGGCUGACGCCGAUCAUCUCCCGGAAGCUCACGCCGUUAUACUCGCUGCCGCCGAUCCUGACGCUCCAAUCGUUCCCGAUCCCGAAGCCGCUCCCAGGACAGUUGCCGUCAUUCAAGCUGAGAUCGAGGAACUCAAGCUAGCACGGAGGGGGACUCAAUUUGCAAUGCACAAGCAGUUUCUGAACGGUAUGAUUCAAUCUCUCCGUCGAGAGAAACGGUCAGUAGCAGCAGCAGCAGGAGAAGAAGAAGAAGAAGAAGAAGAAGAAGAAGACGACGAUUGAAGGUACAUAUAGUCAAAUCUUCGAGCUAUGAUAGAUCUGAACUUCUUCGCUGAUAUUGUAGACGAUGUUUCUGCAUUUCCUAUUCCUAUCUUGUAAAUGACAUCGUUCAGCAUUUUCUGCAUUUCCUAUUGCUUCCUCAUAAUCUUGAUCUAGGAGAUGGCCAAGCUGCAUCUGUUUGUUCUGAGUAUCGAUUCCAGGUUGUGUGUGUAUAUCGGAGGCUUGUUAUUCAACCAGGCUAGACGUGUUUUGUUCCGAGUUAGGAGAAUGUAGUUUCCUGCAAUGGAGAGUUGUUUUGGGUGUAUAUUCAGCUUCAUCUUCCUAGGAUUGCGGUGUUUAAUCCUUUCUGCCCCGAUAUACCUCCGGCUUGUAUCGAUGAUCCUCAACUCCUACUGAAACCAUGGUGGGAUAUUCCGGUACCACAGGGUGCUCUGCACGUAUCUGUUUGGCCUAUCAAUUCCAAGGUAUGAGAAAUUAUGAGUUAUCUAUGAUGGAAGUUAUAGCUGUUGGGUUCUCUUGAGCAGAUCUAUUGUCAUAAAUUCCACUCUUUACUAUUUGGUCUAUUGUAAUGGGUUGUGUUUUCUGUCUACUGGUUUUAGCUUUGAUAUAGUUAGUUUAUGUCAAAUUGGAAUAGAAGAUCUCGUAACAGUAUACCUUUUAAGGAAGAAAAAAGGCACAGCCCAGGUUUCCAGGAUGCUGAAUAAGAGAGUAUGGUUUUCGAAAUGCAGCCUCAUUAUUGAGUCUUUUGUGCCAUAUGCCAUAGAUCAUGGGGAUUGUCCACUUUCACCUGAUUUUUAACCUCAACUUUAUCUGUUUGCAAAAUCGAUCCUCUCACUUGGUAGGUUGUCAAGUAUUUACUGACUGAUACUUAAUUAUGUUGUGCUAUUACAUAUGUGCCCAGUGCCGUAAUAAAAAGAGCAGGUGAGGGAAUCUGUUCAUUAGCAUUCAAGUUUACCAAGUCCUGUUUGUGUCCAUGAUGAGUCUAUUUUGUUAUCAGAAGUAAUUGACCAGUUUCAGUGUUCAUCAAGCGUUAUAACAGUGGAUCUUUCAUGAAGAGUUAUAGUUGCUGGUUAUUUUUAUGGUUGUCAUGGAAUGUUAAUCCCUGUUUGUGUUGAUGAUGAGUCUAUUUUGUUAUCAGAAGUAAUUGUCCAGUUUCAGUGUUCAUCAAGAGUUAUGGCAGUGGAUCUUUCAUGAAGGGUUAUAAUUGCUGGUUAUUUGUAUGGUUCUCAUGGAAUGUUAAUCUGUUUCUUCAGCACUGUACCAGGGAUAAAGUUGUCAAUGGAUAUUUCAUCAGCUUUUCUCAGUUGCUCUUUCUUUAUAUUGUUGUCAUGGAAUGGUUUAGCAUGCGGCUUAUUUGUGGCAUAUUUUAUGGCGCCCAAUUUAGGGCUUUGAUUGUGACAGCUGAGCGAUUUAAAUUUGGCUAUAGAUACCGCCAAUUUCCUUCGCAUGCAUGUUAUAUUGUCCUGUGAAUCCCUUUCUAUGUCUCCUCUCCUGGAUUUGGCCGGAAACAGACUGACUCAAUCUUCUAAUUCAUCUUGGAACCCACUUGUGCUUUUCUCAUCAUGGUUCCCCGUACCAAAACCUAUUUGCAGCAACAUCAUUCUACAGUCAGUAGAAUAGUGAGGGGGUGGUCACCAAUGUUAAGACAUUGUAGGUGAGAAAUAUACUGAUUAUGAGUGGAUGGGAUCAGAGUUCCUGUGUUAUUUCACCAUUACGGUGUGAUAUGAAUGUAUUGAUCUUUUAUGAUGGGUCUCUUCUAUCUGUAAGUUUUAUGUAGGUAGAACUUACAAAUGUUUUAAUUUUGAGUUUGACCAAACUUAUGCACUGCAUGGUUAGAACUUAGAAGAGCUGGAUUAGUAUUCCUAAGUUGAAGAUUCAUUGAUGGAAAGUUUUACUCUGCAAUGUUAGGCUGUGGCUUUGGUAUUGUCUGAAAAGCUAAGUAGAGCAUGACCUGGUGUGUAUAUAGCUGUUCCUCUUGGUUUACCUAGAAAAGAUACAGUCCUGGCAGGAACUUUUAUCACGCAGCAGCAUGACAGUGCAUAGAUGCGUAAGUAUGUGAGUCAUUUCAUCACUGCUUAUCUCAUUUCUGUUGCCAGAUUUAUGGAACGAAAACGGGAAACGAAAAAGAAAGUGAACAAGGGCUUACUUUUGCUCCGUUCAUCGUUUCUUGUUGCUCCUGCCAAUGGCCAUGGCCAUCUGUUGCAUGCUGAAAGAUGUGAGAUUAUCUGUGGAUGCAUGAUUUGAAACUAUUCAUGUUUUUUUUCCUUCAUAAUAUAAAUAAAUAUAUAAAUAUUAGUAUUGUUAAAAUGAUAAAAUCAAAUCAAGUCGGUUGAUCCGACGGUAAAUGGUUCGAAUCAAAUCAUAUAGCCGUCUUCUUUAAGACCAUUCUGGACUUAUAUUUUGAGACCAAUUGACUGCAAUACAAACCAUUAUGCUUAGAGUGAACCAAGCAAGAAAUAUAUGACGUGAAGCAGAUAACCCAAGCAUUGGAGUGAACCAAAUAUACUACACUAUCAAAUUAUGAUAUGAACGUUGGACUUAACUUGCGUGUUCAGCAAGACUGACGGCAAGUAACAACCAUUUAUAACUACAGGUCAACCUUGUUUCCAUGAUAUAAUGUUCUGAGUUCUGACAGUGUUGGGAAAGUACUUAAAUGCCUAUGUUGCAUUGUUGCUUACAACAAAACUAAUUGGGCAGGGUUGGGACAUAGAACCUGUUAUAACAGAAUCAUUUGGUUACAAGCUCUACUGGCCGUCUCCAUCCAGAGGCAGACCCAGAAUUUUUUUUAAGGGUGUUCAAGAAUAUAACAAAAAUUUAAUCCAUGUUGUGCACAAUGUCAUAAUUUUCAACUACAAAUCAAACGUGUUGUCAUUUUAUUUUUUAACUUUCAAAAAUAUAUGAAUAUUUCUGUUAUGACUUGCCGAUAAAUGCAACCAAGAAACCGUUUUUAAAUUGAUAUUUCAUCCGAUAAAAAUUGAGACGGAGUAGGGUUGUUAAAAGGUUUUUUUCUCCAAAGAGGAACAUAAAUAUUAAUGAAUUGAAUAUGGAAAAUUUAAUAGAUUUGGAAAUUGAAUACUGCGAACAAAUACAUUAGGGCUCUAAAUGUUUAUUAUAACAAUCAUUUGUAGUAUAAAAGAAUUAUUCAAUUCAAGUUUCAAGGAUUGUCAAAUGAUGUUGAGUUCAAUAUUGUUAUCACUACAAUAAAAUUUUCCACUAUUUUGUGUCCCAAUUAUAGAAGUAAGGGUUGUCAGCGGAAUACCCUUGGAACAACAUAGGUCCGCCCCUGUCUCCACCUUCAUCUCCUCUUUUCUGGUGUGAUAAUUUGGGGCUACUUAUCUCGCAAACAAUUAGGUCUUUCAGACGCGAUCCAAGCACCUCGAGAAAGUUUCACUUUGUUCGUGAUCGAGUUAACAAGCCGCAACUUCAUGUUCGCUACCUACCUGCAACAACAUGAACAUUAGAGAAAUUUUAUAAGCAGCUAGGUUUACAAUGCAAGAAAGUUGGAUGCAAAGUUACCAUUCAUGGACAAAUCAACGUAAAGCUCUCAGUAAACUAUUUUUUGUUUGUACAAUCCGCAGCCAAACACUGUCAUCGUCGUGUAUCAGGAACUGAAGGCCCUCCUCAAUUGAGACUGAGAGUUUUGAUGACGGAAAUUGAGUAUAGUAUUAAAUAUAGAUGACAACAAUAUUUCACUUUAGUUAAUAAUAACUAGCAAUUAAAUGAGAUUAUUAAAUAUUGUCUCAAACAGACUCCAAAUUGAACCAAAGGGCCUUUGGUGGUAAUCGGUCGGUAACCGGUUAAACCGGUUACCGUUUGACCGAUUACCGGUAUACCGGAACCCCAUAUGCGCCUCCCGUUUGCCGAUACCGAGUUCUACACAAUACACCGGUUACCGAAUUAGUUUUUCACGGUAUUUUGUUCGAUACACCGUUUACCGAAUGCCUGCUGCCUGAUCCAGUGUUGCUUGCAACGUGUGCGUGGUGCGUGUCACCUCGUCCUCACUCACCUGUUGAGUUGCGACGUCGUUAUCGUCAGUCUGAGUGCGCCAGCGUCGGAGAGGGAUUGGUGGUUGGGGUUCCAAUUGUGCGGCCGGCAGCGAGACUCGUGACUUGAGGGCUGGGUUAGCUUAGGUUAAGCAGGCAGAUAGCGAGAGGGGAGAGAGCAGGAUUAAAUCAUAAUUAAUUAG